AUGGGGCGAGCGGAAAAAGGUUGCCCUAUCUGCUACCACAAGCUUCCCCAGCCUGGGGAAGUUUUGGAGCCCUACGAUGAAGAGCUCAACUACUUUAUGUGGAUUCCCGGAUUCGAAUGGAAGCCUAAGCCUGUCGCUGAGAAGGAAGCAUACGAAACCGAACGUUCUCAGUCAGAAGGAGAGGCUGAUGAAGAUAUGGAGGAGGCUCUACAGGAGAUGGUUGAGAAUGAUGAAAUGAAACAGAAGUACAGCGACAAGGCUAGCGGUGGGAAAGUUUCAACAUCGGACGCCGCAGUUCUUGCUCGGCAGCUUGGCCUUGCCCCAUCAUAUGCAGAUGUGGAAAAGUGCGCGGAACAAAACGGCCAGCAGCUGGACUAUUCCACUUUCCAGCAGUUUGCUGCUCAGAGCACUCACCCGGAGGACAACGUCGAGGACUUCGUUGGGGCAUUUGCGUACUUCGACCCAAAUGGCGAAGGAACACUAUCGGUGCAGCAAAUGCGCAACAUUCUCACCACCUUUGGAGAGCCACUUACCACGCAAGAAAUGAACAUUGUUGAAACGGAAUUUUUCCAGAGUAAACGAGUCGACUACAGAGAAUUCUGCACGCGGUAA